UGGAAAUUAAAUUGGGAAAGGCAUGGGUUUCCUGCCUUCCUCACCUAUAUAUUGGCUCCUGCGGUAUUGUGCUGCUCUUGGUUGGUGCUUUUAAAAAAGAUCACUUUUUUUUUUCCUGGAACUAUAAGAUGAGAUAAGUCAGGAGACACAUUCUUAUGACAUCAACUGAAGACAAAUUCUUCCAAAGUCAAUGAAUGAAACAAAUUACUCUCGGGUAACAGAGUUUGUGCUGUUGGGCCUGUCAAGUUCAAAGGAGCUCCAGCCUUUCUUAUUUCUCAUAUUUUCACUCCUGUACUUAGCAAUUCUGCUGGGCAACUUCCUCAUUAUCCUCACAGUGACUUCAGACUCUCGACUUCAUACCCCCAUGUACUUUCUGCUUGCAAAUUUAUCUUUUAUAGAUAUAUGUGUGGCCUCUUUUGCUACACCCAAAAUGCUUGCUGACUUUCUGGUUGAACGAAAAACUAUAUCCUUUAAUGCCUGCUUGGCUCAGAUUUUCUUUGUUCAUCUCUUUACUGGUGGGGAGAUGGUACUUCUUGUAUCCAUGGCCUAUGAUCGCUAUGUUGCAAUAUGCAAACCUCUACACUAUAUGACAAUCAUGAGUCGCCGUGUGUGUAUUAUUCUGGUCAUCAUCUCCUGGUGUGUGGGUUUCAUUCAUACAACUAGCCAGUUGGCAUUCACUGUUAACUUGCCAUUUUGUGGUCCUAAUGAGGUAGACAGUUUUUUCUGUGAUCUCCCACUGGUGACCAAGUUAGCUUGCCUAGACACUUACGUUGUCAGCUUACUGAUAGUUGCAGAUAGUGGCUUUCUCUCCAUGAGUUCAUUUCUCCUCUUGGUUGUCUCCUACACUGUGAUUCUCAUUACAGUUAGGAAUCGCUCCUCUGCUAGCAUGGCCAAGGCCCGCUCCACCCUAACUGCUCACAUCACUGUAGUUAUACUCUUCUUUGGACCAUGCAUCUUCAUCUAUGUGUGGCCCUUUAGCAGUUAUUCAGUUGACAAAGUCCUUGCUGUGUUCUACACCAUCUUUACACCCAUAUUAAACCCAGUUAUCUACACUUUGAGAAACAAAGAAGUAAAAGCAGCAAUGUCAAAGCUGAGGAGUCGAUAUCUGAAGCCUGGACAGGUUUCUGCACUGAUUAGAAAUGUUCUUAUUAUGGAAACAAAGUAAAAUUACAGGGCUGGAAGCAUUCUUGUUUUGUCUCUGGACAUCUCCAAAAUGGAAUUGCUGUUAUUUGUAAAGUUAGUCAAAUAACAUGUGGAGAUAUUUGAGGGCUUACGAUAAGAGUAAUCGACAGAACGCAUUUCAUGAAAUUUAAUGUUCUUCCAACUACUUUUGUACUUUGCUGUUUUUUGUUCUUGUUUUAAAAAUUAAGAUGGUUUUAAAAUAAAAGGUCUG